CACCACCAAGGGAAAAAACCGGGAAAUGUGGAACAAAACAAAACACUCCCAACAAAACAAUCACCGCUCUGUUCUCYGCUGUCCUUCCAGGGAUUUUUCCGGAGACGUACUACCCCCGCUUCAUCCAAACGCUCCUCAAGGACGGGGGGUUGCUGUCGCCAAUCCUCCUGCGGCUCAUGAACUUCUUCUUCUUCUCCCAAGGGCUCGGGGCGGUUUUUGGGCCCUACACGCAGCCCUCACAGGCGGAAUUUUGGGAUAUGUGGACAGCGGUGCGGAAUAACGACGGCAAUCUCGUUAUGGACAGUAUUUUGCAGUACAUAAACCAGAGGAAGAAGCACAGGGAGCGCUGGGUUGGGGCUCUGAAGUCUACCUCAGUCCCACUGCAUCUCAUCUACGGGCCCCUGGACCCUGURAAUCCACACCCAGAGUUCCUCCAGCUCUACAGGUACGAGAAAAAUGGGAAUGUGCUGCUGGAACUUCAUUUCAAGGGAUGUUUUUUCCUGGUUAUUCCUUCAAUUCCAUCCUCAUGGAGGCUGUUU